UCCACUCUCUUGUUCUGCAAAAUCGUUGUGGGCGUUUUAGGCCUUGUAACCUUUGGUUGGUUGUUUUGAGAGAAGCUAAAUGUUAGGGAAAGAGUUUUGAGAGAGACUUGGAAUAGAGAUGAGGAAGUUGAAUCCGCUUCUGAAACGAGGCUUGAAGGCUGUUGAAGAUGGCGGUUUGUUGAAGAUCCUCCAAUCUGAAAUUCGUCACGAAAUCUCUCACCCUCGUUUCCAGGGUGUUGAGACUGGUUCACUAGGAAAUUUCAAAUUGGAUUGGGAUUCUCCGGAAAGCCAAGAUGUUGUUCUGAGGAGACAGUUUGAUUCAGGAGAAGAGGUUGUGGUCUCUGCUUUGCUCCAGCCAGAACCUAUAGUAGAUGAUGAUCUAAUGUUUCCUAGGGAAGCUCUUGCCAAAGUAUGUAUCAAAAAGCCUGGACUCAGCUCUAUCCUGCACUUUGAUUGCCGCGUUUACGAAACAGGGUCUGGAUGUUCUCAUUUCGACAUCGAGAGAGCCUGCUUUAUCCGCUCUUUAGUUUCUGCUCUUUCUUCCACUUAUGGAGAUGACUUUUUCAGGCAACUAGAUAUCAAACUACAGAAUGAACUACGGAGAUAUCUAAUAUCCAAGGGAAUCAGUGAAGGUCUAACCAAUUUCCUCUUGUGUCACCUGAACAAGAAGGAGCAGGAUCAGUAUGUUAACUGGUUACGCAAGCUUGAGUCAAUGAUGUCACAUUCUCCAAAGUCUCUCUAGUUCGACAAACGAAAAAUGGCUUAAAAAGUGAGAUGAAAAGGUGAAGAAAGGGAAUAUAUAAAAAGGAAAUGAGAACAAAAAUUCGGAGCAGGGCAGCGUCAAGUGCUCUCUGGUCCACGAACGAUCCAAAGUCGGGGCGGCGCAUCUCACUUCCCUUUUUGUGGCGGGUUUUUUUAAUUUAUAUACAACAUGUUUUUUUUCUUCUUUUUCCAGUCACUUGUUUCAAAAAAAAAAAUUAUGUGAUUAGCUAUUAAAACUGCCGAAUGUUUGACAAUUGCGUAAUUUGAUUAUUAUUAUUAUGUCA